ACCACGGUCUUCUCCUCGAUGAUGCAGUCACUGUAGAGAGAAUUCCGGGGAUAGCGCCCAUUACUGUAGCCCGUCAUCAUCACCGUGGCCGAUCCUCCAGCGGGGACGUUCAUCAUCAUAGCCAAUUAAUCACCCCAGCUCGCGGGCUCCAGGCAGCAUGGAGGCAAGCAAGCCGGGUGCAGGAGGAGUGAAGGCAGCUGGGGGGCAGGCUAACGGGAUAGGCGGGCUCGGAGGGGGGGGCCGGGCAGAGGCAGAGCGGGAGCGAGCAGGAGGCAGGAGUCAUACAUGGUGAUGGCAGCGCGGGCUGGCUCUGGGCAGCGGAAAGCAGAGAAAGUAAGUGGCCCGCGGGCACGGAGGAGGCCGCGCGUUACGGAGCCCGGGCCGGAGGCAGCAUCCAGGGCGGCGCAAGGAAGUCAGCCGGAGCGGACAGGAGGCGGCAGGCUUUGUUUUUUUUUUUCUUCUUCUCGAAGGGCUUUAAAAAAACAUCACAUUCUUUGUGCUCCCUGCAGCCGCAGGAAAGAAACCCCAAAGCUCCAACUUUGCUUCGGUGGCCAGAGCCUCCCACCAUCCAGAGUACGGGCGCGUCGCCACGUGAUCAACCGCCCGCGGCACCGGGUGCAGGACCGAGGUGGACUUCCCGGCACCCCGCCCACCUUCCGAGGGCCGCAUCCCUCUAGGAUUCCCUGCUGCCCCGGAAGUAAGUCGGAGGGGGCGGGCAGGGCCGCUGCAGGGGAGGGGCAGGAGGCAGCCCAGAGAGGCUUUCUCCAGGGUCCUAAGGGGCUGGCGUGGGAGGGCAGGGUGAGGCGGAAGGGCGCCGGCGGGCGGGCCCCCAGCAAUUCCGCAGGCCUCUGUCCUGGAGGGGGAGGCCUGGGGAUGCAGACGGCGAACGGUGGGACGGGCUCGAAGUCCCAGACGACUGAAGGUCAGCUUUGCCCAGCACUGGAUUCGCCUCCUGCAGGAAGCUCGUGGCCCCCGCUUGCAACCCAGGUAGGGUGGCCCGGCAGGGGCCAGCAGCCGAGAGCAUCGCACAGCACGGACGAGCCGGGGCAGCUUCCGAGAGGUGGGGGACGCAGCCGGAGGACACACAGGUGUCCGGACCCGCUGCUGAGCCCUCCAGCCCUGCAAGAGGUGCCGCACAAAGGAACUCGUGGGCGUGGCCCUGCCUUCCAGGAAAGCAGGGAGGGACACACACCUUGACAACAGGCAGACCACACAAUCCAGGAUGACCGGUCCAGGGUGUUCUCAGAACCUGGGCCGGGGUUCAGUCCCUGGGCACUCACUCAGCCUGCCAAGUACGGGGGGGCCCCAGGGAGCCAUUGCUUUAACUGCCGCUUGGCGGGGAGCCAGGACCCGGGAACCACAGGAGCGGAAGGGGAGGGGCUU